AUGAGAUCACUCCCUCCUCUGCGCCCCCCUCCCUUCAGUGCUGUCCACGGAUCCCGAAAAGAAACUGCGGGGGGGAGCGCUGCCUGCUGUCAGGAUGGCCGGGCGGGAGAAGAGAAGCUGCAGCUUUCAGGACGGCUGAGCGGUGAAGAGAGCGCAGCCGCUGUCAUCCUUCUCUUGGAGAGUGAUGACCUCGCAGACAAUUAUCUUGACCAUGCAGUAAUGCAAUGCUCAGAUCCUCCCUUGUCACAGAUGACAGUCCUAAUGCUGCUCCCAAAGGUCCCGCUACAAAUCCUUGACCGCCUGAAGGUGAAAAGAUCGAAAAGGAAUUAUGAAGAUAAUCCAGAGGUUGUAGGGUACACCACAAUAAAGCAGGAGGGGUUUUGUAGCCUGUACAACGAAUGCGGCAGAAAUCCUGAAAUUACCAACAGCCUGAUCCCACCUAUCAUGCCUUGUUUAUCCAACACUCCAGCCAGGAAGCUCAAUGGAACUCAUCUACUAUAUUUCCAGGAGGUCUGUCCGAUGCUUUACAAUGGAGAUGACAAUACUUAUGCCUGCUGCUCUAUCCCGCAGCUGGAGAGUAUCAAGAAGAGCUUUGCAUUAUCUCAGGUCAUUCUAAAUCGAUGUCCAUCUUGUGCCCAAAACUUUGCCAAUAUCCAUUGUCAGAACAUUUGUGGCCCAAAUCAAAGUUUAUUCAUCAAUGUCACACGAACAGUUGAUGUCAUUGUAGAUGGGAAGCCUGAGAAAGGUGUGUUGGCCCACGAAUGCUACUACAAGCGAGAAUUUGCAGAAAAAUCAUUUGACUCCUGUAGGAAUGUACGAUUGCCCUCCACAGGGGGUUUUGCCAUUUCUACCAUGUGUGGGAAAUAUGGAGCAGAAUUUUGCUCAGCUCAGCGGUGGUUUGACUUCCAAGGGGAUAACAGCAAUGGACUGGCACCUUUAGCAAUUGAUUUCAUUUUUACGGAAAAUGACACUGUGGUUGGUGGUGGCGUGGAACCCCAUAAUAGCAAAGUAUGGAGCUGCAAUGAAGGCCCGGGAAAUGAUCCAGAUAAUGCUUGCACUUGCCAGGACUGCAAAGAGUCAUGUCCUAGCAUCGCUGGACCUAAACCUCUGCCUGACCCAUUUAAGAUAGGGUCUGUUGAUGGGUACUUAGUAAUAAGCAGUGCCCUUUGUGGAAUCUUAAUCUUUUUUUUCAUCAUGUUCCUGAUUAUGACAUGUGCUGUUAAUAGCUGUGGAAAAAAGAAAAGGAAAGAAAUACCACAUAUCAAAUAUUCUGAUCUAAACUGCUCAGAAAAGAUAAGCUUAAAGACUAACCGCUCCAUGGAGAAAGCCUUCCAGUGGUGGGGCACCCGCAUAGCUUCUUACCCUAAGACUGUCAUCUGUGUCUCAUUAGUUCUGGUUGUGGUACUCUCAGCAGGUAUGGCCCUGAUCAAGCUGACUACCAAUCCAGUGGAACUGUGGUCUUCUCCAAACAGCAGGGCAAGACAAGAGAAAGACUUUCAUGAUGCACAUUUUGGACCAUUCUUUAGAACUAACCAGCUGAUUAUCACAGUCAACGAUCGGUCUUCAUACAUCUAUGACUCUCUCUUUUUUGGCACCCUGAACUUCAGCAGAAUCCUUUCUCCAGAUACUAUUCUUGAGAUGAUGGACCUUCAGACCAAGCUGCAGAACAUUUCGGUGUGGUCAGAAAAGCAUCAGAAGACUGUGAAACUGAAAGAUGUUUGCUUUGCACCCUUAAACCCCUCCAACCCUUCAGACACGGACUGCUUUGUGAACAGUCUGGGGCAAUACUUUCAGAACAACAAGACUCGGUUUAACAUGGAAGUGACACAGACAAUAUCUGGAGAAACGAAAAAAGUGGGGUGGAGGGACCACUUCAUGUACUGCGUCAACUCCCCGCUGUCUUUUAAGGAUGUUACGGAUUUAGAGCUGAGUUGUAUGGCGGAUUAUGGUGCUCCUGUCUUCCCAUUCCUGGCUGUGGGUGGCUAUGAUGACAGUAAAUACUCUGAGUCAGAAGCUCUGAUUCUGACCAUCUCACUGAACAAUUUCGACCGAUCCGACCCCCGGUUUGACUAUGCGAUGCUUUGGGAGGAGGAGUUCCUGAAAAUCUUGAAAGAGUAUAAGAAUGACCCCAAGAGUAACUUUACUUUUGCCUAUAUGGCAGAGCGAUCUCUGGAGGAUGAGAUCAGUCGAACCACCACUGAAGAUAUUCCCAUAUUUGCCAUCAGCUAUCUGGUGAUCUUCAUAUAUAUAUCACUGGCCUUGGGGGAGUACAGUAGCUGCCGGAGAGUGCUGGUGGACUCUAAGGUGACCCUGGGCCUUGGUGGAAUUCUGGUUGUCCUCGGAGCCGUAUUGGCAUCAAUGGGUUUUUAUUGCUACCUCGGUGUACCAUCCACGCUCAUCAUUGUUGAGGUUGUGCCCUUCCUGGUUCUGGCAAUUGGAGCAGACAAUAUCUUCAUUUUUGUUCUGGAGCUACAGCGUAAUGGAAGAAGGGAGGGAGAACGACGGGAGGAGCAUAUCGGGAGGGUCCUUGGUUAUGUGGCCCCUAGCAUGUUACUCUGCAGCCUCUCGGAGUCCUUGUGUUUUUUCCUAGGUGCGCUCACACAGAUGCCUGCUGUCCGUACAUUUGCACUGAACGCUGCUCUUGCUAUUCUGUUUGACUUCCUGCUUCAGAUCUCCAUGUUUGUAGCUCUGGUGUCUCUAGACAUGAAACGACAGGAGGCCUCAAGGUUUGACAUCUGUUGCUGUAUCAAGAGCAAGGGUGAGAAGCCAGAGAAGAAAUCUGAGGGGUGGUUGGUGUGGUUCAUGAAGAAGGUGUAUUGUCCCAUCUUACUGAACUCUGUCAGCCGAGUUAUAGUGAUGGUGGUGUUCAUCUUUAUGUUCUGCUGUGGGACUUACUUUAUGAUGCAUUCUCGUGUGGGUCUAAACCAGGAGGUGGCUGUACCUCUGGAUUCCUAUGUGGUGGACUAUUUGAAUCAUCUCAAUGAGUAUUUCGAAGUUGGAGUGCCGACGUACUUUGUCACAACACCUGGUUAUAACUUUUCCAGCCUAGCCGGAAUCAAUGGCAUUUGUUCUAGUGCAGGAUGUGACAAUAAUUCAAUGACGCAGAAGAUACAGUAUGCCACUGACUAUCCCACACGAUCUUACUUAGCUGUCCCAGCAUCCUCCUGGGUCGAUGACUUUGUGGACUGGCUGAAUCCUUCAUCGGACUGCUGUAGAUUGUUACUAAACGGGACCUUCUGCUCUUCUACUAGCACACUACCUGGAUGUAUACGGAGGUGUAUGAGAACUACGAAUGGACCGUUACGACCGACAGUAGACGAUUUUAAUCACUACUUGCCCAUUUUCCUGCAGGAUUAUCCCAAUUUGAAAUGUGCCAAAGGGGGUCUGGGUGCUUAUGACAAUGCUGUCAAGUUCAAUGACCGAGGAGAGAUCAUAGCCACCCGUUUUAUGGCAUAUCACUCCCCUCUAAAGAACUCUCAGGAGUAUACAGGGGCUCUGAUGCAAGCUAGAGAACUGGCAGCGAACAUCACCGAAUCAUUAAGAAAAGUUCCGGGUACCGACCCUAAUGUAAACGUCUUCCCAUACACGAUUACAUACGUUUUCUAUGAGCAGUACCUGAGCAUUGUUCAGGAAGGUCUCUUCACACUGGCCCUCUGCUUGCUGCCAACCUUUGCCGUGUGCUGUAUUCUGCUGGGAAUGGACUUACGUUCGGGUCUCAUUAACCUAAUUACCAUUUUCAUGAUCAUCAUAGACACAGUUGGUGUUAUGACCCUGUGGAGCAUUGAUUACAAUGCCAUCUCUCUUAUCAAUCUGGUAACGGCCAUUGGGAUUUCAGUGGAAUUUGUUUCCCACCUUACUCGAUCUUUUGCCAUGAGCAGCAAGCUCACCAAAGUGGAACGGGCAAAAGAAGCCACUAUCUACAUGGGCAGUGCCGUGUUUGCCGGAGUAGCCAUGACUAAUCUCCCAGGGAUCAUUGUUCUGGCCUUCGCGAAAGCUCAGCUCAUCCAGAUCUUUUUCUUCCGCCUUAAUUUGACCAUCACUCUGCUGGGACUAGUACACGGCCUCAUAUUCCUGCCUGUUGCACUCAGCUACUUUGGCCCCAAUGUCAGCCGAGCGGUGUUACUGAUGCAACAGGAGAAAGAAGAGCGAGAGAACAGGCUGGAAAACGGUGUCAACGUAUAUACGAACAUGGACUUCCAGGAAGAUGAGAAGAACACAGAGGAGAAAGACAAAUCUUAG